UCGAAUCCCGUCGGAGCCUAUUUACAAUUUUUUUUUAAUUUUUUUAUUUUAAUUAUUUUAUUUUUUAUUUAAUUACAGCACAAGUUAUCCUGAUGCCAUUUCUUUGCUAACUUCACUUCUUCAAGCUUCUCAUACAAAUUCACUUUUAACAUCGACACAAAAAAUGUUGAAACAUACGUUACCGUUGGGCUCUUAUCUCUUGAAACCAGUUCAAAGGAUAUUGAAGUAUCAUUUGCUACUUGAUAGCUUAAAAAAGCAUUGUGAUUUACCUGAAGUCAAAGAAGCACACGAAAUGAUGAAAGAUGUUGCUCGUAAUAUUGACCAAGUCAAAAAGAAACUUGAGCAAAAAAAUCGUGUCAAAGAAUUAUCAGGCAUUCUAGAUGGUUGGCUUGGACCUGAUUUAACUGUUCUCGGUGAAUUACGUCAGGAAGGGCUACUCAUGGAAAAUAACAAACCGAGAAUUAUCUUCUUAUUUGAGACAAUGCUAAUAAUUACAAAGCCGAAAGAAGAUAAAAGAUUGCAAUUUAAAACUUAUAUUCCAUGCAAGACAUUGAUGUUAGUUGAACAUUUACCUGGCGAUCCAACAAGCUUUCACGUUCUUCCUUUCUCUGAUCCAAGAAGCCAAAUAAAACUGACUGCUAAAAAUCGUGAUCAGAAGCGUUUAUGGGCUCAACAUAUAAAACAAGCAAUGCUGGAACAUUUUGAUAUACCAAAUCGAGCCAAAGAAUUGGUGUUUAAAUUGGGUGAUGAAGAAGAACGUCCAAGCGAUAAGCAUACCUGGAAAUGGCCACAUACAUCAUCAACGCCUGAAUAUUUGGAAAGACGUCAUCAAUAUCGUCGAAGUGAAGUUCGCUAUCGUUCGAAGAAAGCCAAGAAAAAUGCUGCAAACAAAAGUUCAUCACUUGAACGUGGCCGAAUAAAAGAACGUCGGGAAUCAUUUAUCUCUUAUUCUCGUGAAGAUCUUUGUGAGAAAGACAAUUCGAAGAAAUGUGACCAUAAAGAUAAUUGUGAAUGUGAGAAAAUCAAGAAAGAGUUGAGUGAGACAUUAAAAUCAAGUCGAAGCAAAUCUGAAACGAGAAAUCCGGAAAAAGAUUCUUUGGAAGUUCCUAGAAGAAAUAGUGAAGAUGUGCCACCAUUAUCUCCACUAGAAAUCAAAAUGUACACUUCAAAAACGCUUCCCAAGAGAAUUGAGAAAAUCAAACAGAAGCGAGCGAAACGGGAAACUGCCAGAUUCUACACUGACUUGAGUGAUGAAAUUGCUGACACUGAUGAUACAAUUUUGAAGAUUAUUGAAGCGACAGAUGGUCAUGAUAAGCAAAGUGAUAAUGUCUUUGUUGAAAGCGAAUCACAUGAGAACGACAACGCCAUGAACUUCUCAAAGAAAAAAGAUUCUGAGAUCAUUCGUUCAAUUCUUGAGAAAUCCGAAUUUAAGAAAGUUUCAAAAUCUGGUGUUUUACGUCGUAAAUCUUUGGAACAAAUUGAGCGAUCUCCAUUAUCGAAUAGAAAGUUAUCAGAAGCUUUAGCAGCAAUUCAAUUAGAAUCAUCACAAGGGCAAUCAAAGUCAGCAGAGGUUCAACCAAUUGAACCUUUAUACGAGGAAUUAUUGAGAAAUGUUCACGUUCCUUAUAAAUUUGCCCCUCCAAUUGUGAAACGAUCUCUAUCAAUGUCUUCAUCAUCAUCAACAAAAGAAACUGUUGAUUUAUCACCCACACAUGCUGCCUCAUCAACCACGAUCAAUGAUGAUGAUGGUUCUGAUUGUGAUUACGUGACUUUAACUUACUCUAAUGAAGGUUUGGAAACAAUUGACGGUGACUAUGUUGGCAAACAUUCUCCGAAAAUGUUGAAUGAUAAUAUAAGCAGCAGUGAUUUUAACAUAAGUUACAACAAACAAAGUUCCAUUCAUCAGCUUUCAUCUUCAGAUGAAUUAAAAGCCGAACAAUCAUUGAAUGAUUCUAUAAAUGAUCUGCAGAAACAUGAGAGUUUAAUGUCACGAUCGAGAAGUUUCUUACAUAAGUUCAUCACAAUGAAACCACAUGAUGAUGAUCUAACUUCACAAAAAUCAGUUGCCGCUAGCAUCAGCAGUCAGAAAAGUUUUGAUUUUCCUUUAGGUUUCAUUUCGAAAAACGUACCGAAAGUUUAUCGACAGGGCAGUGAAGAUUUGGGUAAUCGAAUAGCACAUGUUGAUUAUGCUGAUCCUAAAACUUUAUUUCCAUCGCCUGUCAAUACGUUUAUCAACAAAAAUUCUCUUCAUCAAAGAGAUUCGGUUGUUUCUUCAUCAACUGACAGUGUUUAUGAUAAACAUCAGAAAUUAAUGCAACAAGACAGCGAACCGUUUUCAGACUCAUUUUAUGAAGACACUGCUGAGAGUGUGCUUGAAAAUGAUUUUAGAGAUUCCGCUAUUUAUAGCGAUGAUUCAAAUGGAAUAAAAUUAGAGUCAACAUUAUCUGAAGAACAUAUUUACGCGACAGUGAAUAAACCAGCUGAGAAAUUGGUGCCACCUCCGAAAAUUGCAAAGAAGCCCAGUAUUUUAUUGAAACCAUCAUUAGUCAACAGAUUUCCACCAACUGUUCAUUCACCUCCACCACCAGUUCCUGCCAAACCAUCAAACCUAAAAACACCUGAAAUCAGAAAUGCAAUUUUUAAUGUUAGAAAAGUAAACAAGAAUGCUGAACAUUUAGGCGAUAAAUCGCUUUCUCCAACAUCAUCUAAAAGUUGGGUUAAUCAGCAAGUUCAGAAGUUUCAAUAAACUUAAAUUUUAUCUUUUUAGAAUUUCAUUAUUUUAUGUUGAAGACGAAUACAAACAACUGUUUAAAUAAAAUAUAAAAUUUAUUACAACUGUUCUGUGUGUCAUUUCUAUCAAUGAAAAUUUUUAUGAUGUUUCAGAUUUUGUCAUGAUUAUUUUAU